CCGCUGACAAUCUACCACCGAUGAUUAUCAUCUUAUAGAGAAGAUGGAUUGUACGACGGAAGAUUAGGCCGAAGAAGAUUUCCUGCCAUUCGAUGAUAUUCGGACAAAUAAAUGGAAAAGAGGCGGACUACAUCUGGCUGCUCAUGGGCUACGGAAUAGCCCAGUACAUACAUGAGCAGCUGCACUGCCAAGCACGUCUAGAAGUCAUGAAAAAAGAAGAUGCAAAUGACCCGAGAGACUUUGUCAUCAAAACCCACAAAUAUCUAAAAUCCGAACUUGCAAAACCUGAAGUAUAUGACGCAUUUCAUAACGACUUCGACUUAUACAAGUUCGUGAUACUGAAACAUGUGGUGGAACGCGACAUCGACAAGCGCCUGCAGGCAACAAUCGGAGCACGUGUUGCCUUCUUCAGGGAAGCAGGCUCCUGCAAUAACGGAGUGACGCACCGAACAAAUCUGCUAGGCUUCGUAAUCAUUUUUUUGCUGACUGGGAUAAAGUGGGUUCAAAAACCUGUCACAAAUGUGUCGUCGUUUUGAAGGAACAUCGCGCGGAAAACGUAGCAAAGUAAAAGAUGUAAAAGGUCCGCCCAAGAUACAAAUAAAGAGAAUCGUGUAUUACACCGAUAAGAAAAAAAUGAAAUCCAACUCUACGCUCAUCGCUUCAUCGCCUCAUAUCGAUGACGAUUCGUUACAUACGAAAGUUAGGUUUGCGUUUAUCUUUACUUAUCAUUAUUACAAUUUAUUCAUUUUCUUUUUAUUUCAGUUUAGAUUACAAAACAAGAAUACGUCUCCACACAUCGCUUCAGCGGAAUGCGACUUUUCCAUACGCCAAAUGCAAAUGUCAGGACACCGGCACACAGCGGUCUUAGGCGUUUAAAUGUUUUUUUACUUGUUUUAUAAGUAUGUUAUGUAUCAUUAUUUUUUAGUUAAGUUUAUAAUGGUGCAGGUCUACCGGGUAGCCAGCCAUUUAAAACAAUUGGCAGCGCGCCCAUCACGGUACCUCAAAGGUGGUGUAGAAAACCGUGCCAAGAAGUCGGUAUAAACUAUCAUUUAUUCGAAACUCAUGAUUGGCAGCCAGCAAUGUUAUACGAAUUAGUAUAUUGAGAUCUUCAAGACCACGUUAGGUAAGCGUUUACUAUUUUAUCUAUUUAUAAUUAUUUCAAAUAAG